AUGGAGUAUAUCCCUACCAAUACACAAAAAAGAGAUUCGAAUAAUUUUAGGAAUAUAACUUUGCUUUGUUUGGUUCUUAAAAUUUUUAAUAAGAUAUUGGCAAAUAAAAUAAGGAAUAAGAUACCAACUUCCGAAGAACAACAAGGAUUCAGGUCUAAUAGAUUAACAGUGGACGCAAUAUUCAUAGUUCGUCAGUUGGUGGAAAAGUCGAUAGAAUUCAAUAAACCCAUGUUUGUCUGUUUUGUUGACUUCACCAAAGCAUUUGAUAGAAUACGCCUGGGAUACUAUAAGUACCAACGAGUCAUCAAAGAACUUUAUGCCGGAACCAGAACAAGAAUUAAAACUAAGAUAGGACUCUCUGAAGAAGCUCAAAUUAAUACUGGUGUUCGGCAGGGAGACAGUCUUAGCCCAACCCUAUUCAACAUCAUAAUGGCUCAAAUUAUCGAGGAUGUCAACAAAGUCAAUGCAGGAUACAGAAUUGGUCGCCGCUCCCUAAAGAAAGUGAAGCGUCUGUAUUUAGCAAUAACCGCUCAUCUUGUUUGCUUAGUAGCAACGCAAAAUGAUAGAUCAUACGAUACAAACGAUUGGAUUCCAGUGACCCAAAAACCCGGUGAAGAAAUUAUUCAAAAGAAGGCACAAGGUCGAGUACUAAAUCUUGACACGCCAUCUCAAAAAUUUUUUCCUGAUGAAUUGAAUUAUAAAAAAGGUAGACCAAACUUCCAGUCAAGGCCUAAACAAAAGGAUAGGUAUAACGUGCCCAAAUAUGAGAGCACCUACAAAUUCGAGCUGCCUCCGUCACUCCCACAAAAUGGUAGUCCAAAAUUUCCGUAUCAUCCGAAGCAAGGUGAACAAAUAUAUCGUCCUCCACCACCCCAAUCACAAUAUAUCCAGAAUUCACAAACGAUUGUUAGAGACCGUUUACCAUCCUCAAACGUACUCAAUAAUAUACCACAAAUCACCAUUCCUGUCAAUAAUGAUAGCAAUUAUUAUCAAGCAUUUAAUCCUGUAUCAAUUAAUCAAGAACUAUCAGGAAACGUUCAAUUUCAAGACAUGAAUAUACCUAAUAUUCAAUACCAAAGUCCCAGUGGAGCUGGUUUUCAAUACCAACGUCCUGAAACAGUAAACCAGCAUAAUAAGAUUUAUAAAAAUUCUAACGGUGGUGCAGAGGGUACAUAUGCAAACUUCAACAGGGCUCUGCAACAGAAUAAACAAGUUCUAGGUGAAAAUACGAAGACGGAUUUUGGUAUAGAAAAAGAAGCUGUGCAAUUAGUUUAUGUCCCAUUGGAAAAUCUGAAAGAAAAUAGUCGACUAGUUCCACAAGACAGCCAAACUAUUUAUAAACAGAUUGAAUCACCUAAAUACGAUAAUCAACCUGACAAGCAACACCGUCUAGCAGCAAUCGAACAAGAUUUUAUACAACAGGCAUUACAAGCCACAAAACUUCAGGAACAAAUUCAUCACGGGGAUCCCUUUUUAUUCCAAACAACCACUCCAAAGCCGAUACAAAAAAGAAAACCACAUCAACCUCCUCUAGCUGUAUACGUCGAAGGUGAAAAACAACAAGUUGCUAUUUCAGACGUUCUAGAAGCUUUGAAAGAUGCCAAAUCCAUAGCAGUUCAAGAUAGUAUUCAGCAUGAUUCACCUCAAAUAUUCAUUGGACCGUCAACAUUGGAAUCAUCAGAAUAUUCUAAGUUUCCAUUGCCAUAUCUCAACGCUAUUGAUGGUAGCAGAUUAAACAGAAAUAUAGAAAGCUUGCCGUUUUUUGUAGCUCCACUUAGUUUUAAAGCACCUCCUGGUUUUUCUAAAAUACCUUUACCAGCUCCUCACGUGGGAUCAGUAGUUAUUUCAAAUAAAGACGAAUUACAGGGCAAACGCUCUACUAUAAAACCUAAUCAGUAUAGUAAUUCUAACGUUGAGCAAAUCGUUAAAGAUGUCUCUUCAACUACCACAUCUAAACCUAAAAACAGCUAUGAUUCAUUAAAUAUACAACCUUAUAUUGGACAAUCAUAUUAUCAACCAGUACAAUUUGUUUCAUCACCUCAACAACAGUUUUCAUCGCCUCAAGAACAGUUUACAUCACCACAGGCGCAAUUUCCAUUACCUCAAGAGAAACUUCCAUCACCUCAACAGCAAUUUCCAUCACCUCAACAGCAGUUUCCAUCACCACAACAGCAGUUUCCAUCACCACAACCACAGUUGCUGCAUUUUGCUGUAAACGAAAAUCAACAAGAAUUCUCGAUACCAAACUCCAGUUAUAACAAAAAAUCACAAAAAACCGAAUAUACCCAACCAAUGAAAAGCUUUUCGAACAAUCUAGAUAAUCUAAAUAGAAAACAUCCAACAAAACGACCGUUUCAGUAUGCAUAUAUAGACGAAAUAGCAACAGUAACGACUCCUUCUAGCAAUGGUGAUAUCUACAGUCAGUUAAGACCAUCUGAAAAUGUUGAGUAUGACGUUCCUGAUAGAAAUCCCUCAUAUUUAUCAUCACAACCUGUAUUUGACCAGGAACGAAUAAGUACACCUGCCUAUACACAACAAUAUACUGAUAAGAAUAGUGCCAAAAACACAAAUCGGUACGAGCCCAUUGCAACUUCAUUCGAAGAUGCAACGCAAGAUCAACAAGAAGAAAUUGUAAAUAUCAAACCUAAAACAGAAACGGUAACCCAACUUCCAUCAAGACAAAAAACAGUAACACAUUCAAGUGAAAAUAAACAAAAAGGUAGACUUCCUGAUGUGAAUCCCUUAGAAUUAGCAAUAAAUGAGUUCGAGCUACAUGAAAUUAAUACUCAAUUAGAAGAAAAACCUAGGAUCAAGAAUCAGAAUAAUUAUAAAACUAGUCAACAUGAUGAAGACACUGAUUAUAGAUAUGAAAACAACUACAGAUCUCGACCAACUCAAAACGAUGAACAAGAAUAUAAAUAUUUAAGAAAUCAAAGCAAACAAAGGAUACGUCCAAGUCAAGAAGAUGAAAAUACAGAAUAUAAAUUCGAUCCAGAGCUACACCGGUUUUCUAGCACACCAUUAUCGAUCCUAAGAGAUAGCUACGUUGAAACUACUACCAAACCUAGCAGUAAAUCUCGAGGGAGAGUAAGAACUCGUCCAACUACUACAACAACUUCGACGACAACUACACCUCAACCCGAAGAACAUUAUACAGUGCUCGAAGAAUUUCAUAUAAGAGAUAAAUCUACUCCUCAAUAUAAAAAACCAACUAAUACGUAUUACGAAGCUCAAACUGAUGUCGAGAUAGAGCCAAUUUCGAAUGAAAAACCGAGUGUUGCUCAAUAUUCCGAUUCUAUUACAGAAAUUGAAAAUAUUCCAACAAACGUUUAUAGUUUAAAUUCUAAUCAAAAUUCAUAUACAGACAAAAUACCAGUUGAGCAGCAUUCGCAUACAUUGAAUCAAAAUUUGAUGGACAGCCAAAUUUUAAACAAUCAACGAACCACUCCAAAAUACGAGCAACAAGGACAAUUUGAAGUCGAUCCUUAUACCAAUCAAUACAUUCCUACAUCUCAAGGAAAAUAUAAGGAAGAACAACAGGAACAGUAUGAGGAAAAACCAAUACAUCAAUUGACUCCUUUUGAUGAUCCAUCCGUUCGAUCACUACUCAUUCCAAAUCUCUUGGUACCCACGACGACAGCCAAUUCUAUUUAUACUGGUCCAUCAUAUUUACCAACUACCGAGAAAAUUAUUUCAACGACUACAACUACAACUACCGAAAAACCUAUAGAAUCUACUACCGCUCAUCACAGCCGUACACGCAGUCGUACAAGAGGUGGAAGUAGAUAUACUGACAGCAGUACUACCAGAAGACCAGUAUCCAGAAGGAGACCAACUAGUGCAAGAGUAACAACCGAACGUACAAGAUAUCCAAUUGAUGUUGACUAUAGUACUAAAAGUUAUAGUACCAAACAGAGAUUUAGAACCAGGGGACACACCACACCAAAUACUAUAACGGAGAGAAUAUCGACAACUGAAAACGAGGUACAUCAAGUUCCUAUCUCAGCUACACCAAUAACUCUACGUACUCAUCCUGAUGUAUCAGAAACUUAUCAGCAAUAUGAACAAAUAGAUCAGAAAUCUGAAAAGCCGGUACUAAGUGAUGAGUACCCUAAAAUACGUAUAACCACUGCUCAACCAAUUUUACAAUACGAAAACACAGCUUCUUCCCCAAAACCUGUAAUAAACGUUCAAGUAACACAUCCUGCUGAAACUUAUCGGUAUGAACAAGAGCAAGUUCCUAAAGUGAAAGUUAGGGGUAGAAUUCGAGACAGGCCAAGAAUUACAUCUACUACUACAGAGAAAGUAACAAGAAAAGUGACUACUCCAAAGCCUAUCGAAAAAGAAGAAUCCAGUGAAGACUUCUUUGGAUUUUUCAGACAGCCGAACUUUGGACCACCUCCGACCUUAAAAAAAGAAAUUGUAACAACACCUGCAUCCCCCAGGAUAUUUACUUAUCAGACCCCAAGUCAACAUAAAGAAGAUUAUGAGGUACCCGUUACCAUUGAUAGCUCUACGGUAAAAUUUGUUGGAGAAUUAAUACCUAAAUAUACAAGUAGAGAAGUUGAAACGGAAACUCCAAGACCCAGAAUUAGAGCAAGAACAAGAGCAAAUGUACGUAAACCUGUUUCUCAUCAGGAUCGUUCGGAACAAGCAACAAGAAGAAACAUAAACUCUAGAUCAAGGGGAAAAACUCAUUAUAGGAUACCCGAGAAUCUCAAGAAAAAUGUAGACGAAGAAGCUGAAGUAGAAGGAGGAAAUUAUCCUCAAUUCUUUCAAGAAAAACGAGGUACAACGACUCCAAGACCAGAAUUCCAAAUAACAGUAGCUCCAGAAGAAUAUGAAGAAGAUCAAGCGCCGCAUUCAUCUAUUAAAAGACUCAACGUCGUAGCUUCUCCUGAAAAUUGGCAUGAUGCUUCUCUUUCAGAUAACAUUAGCGAUGAUAAAACUCAUGGUAACAUAAUAAACAAGCCGGAAGAUCUGCCAAGUAUGGAACCGCUACCAGAACAACCAACAUUUCCUGAUCAACCGUAUGCUUUACCAAUCAAAGCAUCUUCAGAAGAAAUUACCACGGAAAAUAUUGACGAAAAUUUCAAAAAUACCUCAAAACAAAUUGAAGAGAAAUUUGCCGCCAUCAAUAGCUUUGAUAACCAAUCAGUGAAAGAUACAAAUAAGAAAAAAAGAAGGAAAGGAGUAUGGAAAUUAGUUAAACAACGACCAGUAGACAAACUAGAAACAUCGGAAUCUCAAAAUUAUUUUUCAGUAUUGAAUUCUUUUAAUAACAUUGAAAAAGUGAAUUAUGAACAAAAACACAAUAAUUAUCAAAAACCAAACUAUAUACAUUUAGAACGUCAAUCAGUAUCUAACCCAGAGAUCAAAACUGAUGAUAACGAUACUAUUUCAGAUAUUGAGGUGGAAAAUGAAACAACAACAAACGAUCUUUUCACUGAUUAUACAGUAACCAAUCAAAAUGAUAAUAGAGAAGCGUAUAGUACCAUGCCAACUUAUACGGAUAAAGAAAGCACAACUGAAUAUAUAACCCAAGAAACGACAACUAAAAAUAUUGACAAUGACUUUGUAACUAAUUACGACAAAAUUGGGACAAUUACCACUACACCUACUACAGAAGAUUUUACAAAAGGUGAGGAGGAUUUCAUAGAUUCUAUUUAUGAAAUGUUCGGAAUGGCCCGAGAUAUUUCAACGACAGUCCCACCAACUACAUCUACUGAAACAGAAGUAAACAGUGAAUCAAUCGUCACCACAACCUCAAAUCCAACAUUCCCAGAAGAAUUAACAGAAGCAAGUUCUCCUACUUUUAAUGUUACAGAGUCAUCGACAGAAUUUACUACUCUUCAAGAAUUUCCUACAACUCUUCCGGUUGUCGAAGAAAAACGAGAAAAGAAGACGUUUCCAUUUCAAGUUGAGCCCUGGAAUAUGAAACUGGUAAGAACAUCAACUUCUACGGAGGUAUCGCACGAAACGGAAAUAUGUUAUAGAGGGAGAUGUGUGCGAUCACCCGAUAGGAAAAAAAGGAAAUUUGUAGCUUCUCCCCAUAAAAACACCAAUCAACCUAUACCAUCGAAACCGACAUUGGAAAAGUAUUGGUACUCAUUGUGGUCAACUCACAGAAUCCACAAGAGAAAUGCCGACUGGAUAGCAGCCGAAGAGAUGCGAUUAAAAAUUGCUCCGAUGCAGUUUGAUGAUUUCACAAUGAAAGAAAUCACUGACGUAAUCCAAAAUACUAACAACUGGAAAGCACCAUAA